AUGGUUUGGUGCUUGUGGUGGGACACCAAAGGGACGGUUCAAGCACGGGCUGUGGAAGCUCUAGUUCGAGCAAAUAUGCAACACACAGAGUUCAUCAUUUUAUGCCUCGAAGAUAGCAGUGAUUGGAGCAUUGCAACUACUCCAAGGACAGUCAGAAAGCUGGAUACAUUAGUGGCGGAAGAACUACAGGGUGCUGGUGCAGCGUGCGAAACGCGGCAACUGUAG